CAAUGGAGGCGGCGGCGGUUGAUGGUUGACCGUUGGCUCCAGGGUAAGGGUCGCCGCUCGGGCGAUCGGCUCAGAGCCGAGCGGAGCGCGCGGGCUGCUGACGCUCGGCCUGGAGCCGGCGGGCGAGACCUAGCUGGGCUCAGCCAUGCCAGCCGGGAGUAACGAGCCGGACGGCGUCCUCAGCUAUCAGAGACCAGAUGAAGAAGCCGUGGUGGAUCAGGGCGGGACCAGCACCAUUCUCAACAUUCACUAUGAGAAAGAGGAGCUGGAAGGUCACAGGACUCUGUAUGUGGGGGUUCGGAUGCCGCUGGGCCGGCAGAGCCAUCGCCAUCACCGAACCCAUGGCCAGAAGCACCGGAGACGGGGUCGGGGCAAAGGAGCCAGCCAGGGGGAGGAAGGCCCAGAGGCCCUGGCCCACGACACACCAUCUCAGCGUGUUCAGUUCAUUCUGGGCACUGAGGAAGAUGAAGAGCAUGUACCUCAUGAGCUGUUCACAGAGCUGGAUGAGAUCUGUCUGAAAGAAGGAGAAGAUGCCGAAUGGAAGGAGACGGCCAGGUGGCUGAAGUUUGAAGAAGAUGUUGAGGAUGGGGGAGAGCGCUGGAGCAAGCCUUAUGUGGCAACCCUUUCACUGCAUAGUCUCUUUGAGCUAAGGAGCUGCCUUAUUAAUGGAACAGUCCUUCUGGAUAUGCGUGCAAAUAGCAUAGAGGAAAUUUCAGACCUGAUCCUGGACCAGCAAGAGCUGUUCAGUGACCUGAACGACAGCAUGCGCGUGAAAGUACGGGAGGUCCUUCUCAAAAAGCAUCAUCAUCAGAAUGAAAAAAAGAGAAAUAACCUCAUUCCCAUUGUUCGCUCCUUUGCUGAGGUUGGUAAGAAGCAGUCUGAUCCACAUUCAAUGGAUAAAAAUGGUCAAACCGUGUCUCCUCAAUCUGUUCCAACUACAAGUCUUGAAGUAAAAAAUGGAGUGAAUUGUGAACACAGCCCCGUGGAUUUAAGCAAGGUGGAUCUUCAUUUCAUGAAAAAAAUUCCCACGGGGGCGGAGGCCUCAAAUGUCCUGGUGGGAGAGGUGGAUACUCUGGACCGCCCCAUCGUCGCCUUUGUGAGGCUGUCUCCGGCCGUUCUUCUCUCGGGUCUGACAGAAGUGCCCAUCCCGACAAGAUUUUUGUUUAUCCUGUUGGGUCCAGUAGGAAAAGGUCAGCAGUACCAUGAGAUUGGCAGAUCCAUGGCUACCAUCAUGACAGAUGAGAUUUUUCAUGAUGUGGCAUAUAAGGCAAAAGAGCGAGGUGAUCUGCUGGCGGGGAUUGACGAGUUCCUAGACCAGGUUACAGUGCUCCCUCCAGGGGAGUGGGACCCUUCCAUUAGAAUUGAGCCACCCAAAAACGUCCCUUCCCAGGAGAAAAGGAAAAUGCCUGGAGUUCCAAAUGGAAAUGUUUGCCACAUAGAGCCGGAACCACAUGGGGGCCACAGCGGGCCGGAACUUCAGCGCACUGGGCGGCUCUUCGGGGGCUUGGUGUUGGACAUCAAGCGGAAGGCCCCCUGGUACUGGAGCGACUAUCGGGACGCACUCAGUCUGCAGUGUCUGGCCUCCUUUCUGUUCCUGUACUGUGCCUGCAUGUCACCUGUCAUCACCUUUGGGGGACUGCUCGGAGAAGCCACUGAGGGACGCAUAAGUGCGAUUGAAUCCUUAUUUGGAGCCUCCAUGACCGGGAUUGCCUAUUCAUUGUUUGCGGGACAGGCCCUCACCAUCCUGGGAAGUACUGGGCCAGUGCUUGUCUUUGAAAAGAUUUUGUUCAAAUUCUGCAAAGAUUACGCUCUGUCGUACCUCUCCCUGCGCGCUUGUAUCGGACUGUGGACCGCCUUCCUGUGUAUUGUCCUUGUGGCAACCGACGCCAGUUCCCUUGUCUGUUACAUUACCCGCUUCACUGAAGAAGCAUUUGCCUCCCUUAUUUGCAUUAUUUUCAUCUAUGAAGCAAUAGAAAAGCUCAUUCACCUGGCAGAGACCUACCCCAUCCACAUGCACAGCCAGCUGGACCACCUCAGCCUGUAUUACUGCAGGUGUACUCUCCCAGAAAAUCCAAACAAUCAUACCCUGCAGUACUGGAAAGACCACAAUAUCGUGACCGCAGAAGUCCACUGGGCCAACCUGACCGUUAGUGAGUGCCAGGAGAUGCACGGAGAGUUCACGGGAUCCGCGUGUGGCCACCAUGGACCCUAUACUCCUGAUGUGCUCUUUUGGUCCUGCAUUCUCUUCUUCACCACCUUCAUCCUCUCGAGCACCUUAAAGACAUUUAAGACAAGUCGCUAUUUCCCAACCAGAGUACGCUCCAUGGUGAGUGACUUUGCUGUUUUCCUCACUAUCUUCACAAUGGUCAUUAUUGAUUUUUUGAUUGGAAUCCCAUCACCAAAACUUCAAGUUCCCAGUGUGUUCAAGCCAACAAGAGAUGAUCGAGGGUGGAUAAUAAGUCCCAUCGGCCCCAACCCCUGGUGGACUGUGAUGGCGGCAGUUAUCCCGGCUCUUCUCUGCACCAUCUUAAUAUUCAUGGACCAGCAGAUCACAGCUGUCAUCAUUAACAGGAAGGAACACAAGCUCAAGAAAGGCUGUGGCUACCACCUGGACCUGCUGAUGGUGGCCAUCAUGCUGGGUGUCUGCUCCAUCAUGGGCCUGCCCUGGUUUGUGGCAGCAACUGUCCUGUCCAUCACACAUGUGAACAGCCUCAAACUAGAGUCUGAGUGCUCAGCUCCUGGAGAACAACCCAAGUUCUUGGGCAUCCGAGAACAAAGAGUGACAGGCCUUAUGAUCUUUGUGCUGAUGGGCUGCUCAGUCUUCAUGACGGCCAUAUUAAAGUUUAUCCCGAUGCCAGUCCUCUAUGGAGUUUUCCUCUACAUGGGAGUUUCCUCGCUACAAGGAAUUCAGGUUUUGGCAUUGGUCUUCGUCAGGAAAGUCAUGGAUCUCUGUUUCUCUAAACGAGAGCUGAGCUGGUUAGAUGAUCUCAUGCCUGAAAGUAAAAAGAAGAAGCUGGACGAUGCCAAAAAGAAGGCCAAGGAGGAAGAGGAGGCUGAGAAGAUGUUAGACAGAGGGGGAGACAAGUUCCCCUUAGAGAGCAGGAAGUUACUAAGCAGUCCUGGGAAGAACAACAGUUUCAGAUGUGACCCCUCUGAGAUUAAUAUAUCUGAUGAGAUGCCUAAAACUACUGUCUGGAAAGCUCUCAGUAUGAACUCUGGAAAUACAAAGGAGAAGAGUGUCUUCAACUGAAAGUCUUUGCUGGGAAGGAAGAUUUGGGCCGUGAGGUGCCUCAAGGAAGUUCUGGUUACAGAGAAGAUGUGAGUCUCUCAGAGAAGCAGCAAGACCGAGUCUGGCCCUGCCCGCAGUCACAUCAAAGCCAUGCUGAAGCAUUCAGUCACCCGCACUGUGUGCCAGAGGGCACCCAGCUACCCCAUACCAGCAGCCAGUCACCAGAUGUGGGCGCGGAAGCGGAAGACCACCUCCUGUUGGUACUUCUUCCUUUCUCUUUCUCUUCAGAAUUGCCACCAGUGAAGUCCCAGCUUCCCAUCUUCCAGACAUUUUCUCUGAAACUCUCUGCUGGCAAACAGAGACCUAUCGAUCCAUUCUGCCACUGAGGAUUCCUUCGAUGAGUCCCCUCUUCCAAAAGGAUGGGACCGGGGAGUAGGAGGAGAUCAGAGAGGGAAGGGAAGGCUCACCAGUCCGGUAGACUCUGCAGGCUCCUAGGCAGCCCUGGGCCUUGGUUCGAUGUCUACUCUACGGGGUGCUGGCCAGACCUACAGGCUGUCAGGAGGGUCUGCUGUUUGGACAGUCUGCAACCUGGACCUCAGUAGGGCCCACCACCACAACCAGGAGAUCCCUCUGCCUCGGACACAUCUUUAUUGCUUCCUAGCAGUGGCCUUUGUAACUCGGUGAGAGCCUUGGAUGCUGAAAGGGCCAUGAGGGAUACCGGAGUUGUUUAGCUCAGACAGGAAGAAGGUCAGGAGAAAUCAAUAAUGAUAAGUGAGGAUGAACAGCUUCUCUUGGUUUCGUUGGGGAUAGACUAAGAGAAUGAACUUCAAUUGCUACAGAAGGAGUUGGUUUAGAUGCCAGGAAGGGCUUGCUAGCCUGAAGAGUUGUAGUGUCUGAUUUCUAGACGUCUGUGAAAGGUUUGGUAAUAGUUGUUUGUGAGCAGAGAAGGAGAUAAGGUGUUUUUACUGGCCAUGCUGUGGAAACAUCCGUGUCUUGCCUCUGUCUCUUGAGGAUGCAUUCUGAUUCCACUCCUGGAGAGAUACAAGUGCUUACGUAUUGUCUCCUUAGUUGCCUUAGUAGCGAACCAUCAUCAACUCAAUGGACCAAAACCACCUUCAGCCAUGUGGUUUCUUCAUCAUCAUGAAUUUCUUUUGGUUGACAAACGUAUGGCUCUCAGAUGUAAAAAGCCACACUGGGAAAUGAACUGUAAGUGAUGAAAUUAAUUUUGGUAUUUGGUUGAAAAUUAUAUUUAUAGUUUUUCUCUUCUUUGUUGCAACCAACAUCAAGGGCUUGGGAUCCCAUGUGUAUAGAUCUUCUCUUCCUUUGUGCACAGAAUGUGACUAGUAAGUGUGUCGGUACCCAGGGAAUUCGAUCCUAUCAGUUUUCCAUCCUGGGAGAUCUUUGUACAGUGGGAUGUUCUUUUAUUUUCCUCUCCUUUUGUAGGUGAAGAGUUGGCUACAAAACUUCAUUGAAUUUUGCCUUCCUUAGACUCUUAAAAUAUAUCAGUGUAUUCUAGUCUUACUCUGAGCACCUUUGAAAUGGAAGGAAUCCUGCAUUUCUUUACCAUUUUCGUGUCUCCUAGAACUACACCUGUUUUAACACACAGAUGAUUUUCAUCAUAUUUAACAACUGGUACAGGAUGGACAACAGCCACUCAGAACGGAUGCCUGCAGUAAGCAAGCAACGUGCAAGGCGGUGCCGGUGCCUAGUGACCAAACAUCAUGCAAUUUGCAGAAGUUAAAAUGAUAUCCCGUUGACUUGUGGGUAUUGUUCCUGGAUUGUCCAAUUUCUGCUCACAAGGCUGUUUUAUGGACAGCCUUGGCUUCCCUUUAUAUGGUGCAGGCAGCAACAGGCAUGCAUCUUUGAACUACAUGGGCAUUAAAAUCUUGGCGAGCCAAAGCUUCAUAUUUUAUCACUUUAGGAUAGAUGUAAUCAUUGUACCCAUUCACCUACCUUAUGUGGAAAAGUCAAAAGGCAACCUGUUGAUGGGGAAAGCUUUCCUGCUGACUUUCCCUGCCUCUCUCUCCCCUGAGAACACUCCCACUUUCUUCCUCCAUCUUGUCCCUCCCAUCUUUUCCUGCCACCUCUGUGUAGGAAGGUUGGUGGCUGCUUCUCCUGUCCCCCUCAUCUCAGCACAGCUGUAAGGAAUGUGAUAGGGAAGAGCCCAUCGUACAACACAUCUGGUGACAAUAUCACUCAGAAAAACCUCCCUCCUAAUUCAUCGAUGUGUCACGAUGCCUUCCUUGUAUAGGCUCUUAAGAGCAAAAACCUGUGUUUAUUAACUCUGUGCAGUGCAGUUACAGGACCACGUGUGUGCUUCCCGGCCUUCCUGAGCCACACCCUCCCAGGUUGCCGAGCUUAGGAGCGCUAGUUGCUCUGGAAGCCUGUGCCAAUCCUUUUAGGCCACUACAUCUUUCUAAUAGCCAGCCUCACUUCUGCUACGUCUCAGUGGUAGAACUCCCCACCCCCCCUAUUGUCUCCCUUUUCCCAACCCCCACCAAACCCUCAACCCCAGUCCUACCUGCCUGCUUCCUCACUCAGGUCUGUGGCCGGGGGUCAUGGUGGCACAGUCAGUUCGGGCAGCAUUGGGGGCAGGAAACUGGGAGUGGAAGUGAAGCAGCAGCAGUGUGUGUGUGUGUGUGUGUGUGUGUGUGUGUGCGCGCGCACAUGUGUUCAACCACAAACACGAGUGUGUCCGUGAGAUGUCAUUGCUGCUAUUAAAUAGCUUUGUGUACCUAUGCUGGGGGUGGGGGGUGGGGGGACAUAAAAAUAUCAUUUUCCUAUCUAGGGGUUCUCUUCUCAGACUUCUCUGAUAGAAUAGCUUGGGGACAAAUAUAGGCAGAUUAGUCUAUAGGAAAAGAUGUUUAAACUCAACGUUAAGUAGAAACUGACAGAUUCUACUUGGGCCAGAGAAGCAGUCCACCUCUUUUAUGACAAGGGAGAUUUCAGGAAUGGUUUGAGCUUUUUCAGGCCAGUGCCCUGAUGGGUUGGACUGGUGGUGUCAAGGUGGGAAGGGAAGGAAGCCAGGGAUUUAAGAAAGUGAUGGUAAGUGAAAUCUGGGUUCUAAUGGUAAGAACUGGUGUUGCUGGGUGGUUGAGUUCCUUCCUAGCUCAUGAUCUUUAAGGAAAGGGUCAGUCUAAAGGGAAGGUAAAGUCCAGCAAUAAAGUGUGAACUUGCCAAAUAUGUCUGGUUGCACAAAGUGCACGCUGGCUCUUUGUGGCUAUACAUGAUUUCCAACUUCUGAUGACGGGAUUCUCAGGAGAGCUCAUCUUUACACAUACAGCUCCUGUCCCCUUCUCCUUGGUCCUUUGCCCUUGGGAUAGAGGUGCAGUGAACCAUUUAUUCCAAAAGGUGGUGUGAAUAGUUGCAGUUUGUCUGGGAUAUGAUUGGCUUUUAAAUUCAUCACAAAUAUUUGAUAAAAAUUUGGUAAAUGCGAAGUCUCAGGCUCGGCUGAUGUCUCAGGCUAUGGCAGCUGUGACCUUUAAGAGGUCUCUGUGCUUUCUGGUCAUCCAAACAAGACAAUUCCCAAGUCUACUUUAUUCUCUACCUACUUCACUCUCCAGACUCCCCUCUUAGCAGAGGAACCAGCAAUUCUUCCUGCGUUUUCUCGAUGGACUUUGAUGUCCAUGUUCUGAGGCUCUACGUUUUCCUGAAGCACAGGAGAAGGUGUGACCCCAGGGCACCUGGCUUUCCUUUUAAUUCGCAUCAGAAUUCCCAUCCAGUGUGUUCUCUCUGCUACUGUAUCAGCCUCUCUACAUUUCUUCUUCUACAGGAGCGUUAGCACCUCCUCUUAGGACUGUUAGACAGUCUUUGCUAGCUUGUCACUGCAUUUUCCUCAGACUUCUCAGGUUUCAAGCCACAUUCUGGCAGAACAUUCAAGAACCCUGCACUGAAUGUCCUCAGCCUUCUUGACUUUCUUUUGGUUGUGGCUGUCAGGCCUCUAUGACGUAGCAAUCCUUUCUGAGGGCCCUGACUGGCCAAAUGAGACAUCAUCCAAGUUCCGCCCCUUUUUCUGACUCGGCUUCCUCCAGCAGCCUUUCUUCUCCUUUCUGCCUUGGUCUUUCAACUUCUCCUUGGAUGGCUGAAGUUCCCAGUCAGAGGUCCUGAAACCCACUACCAGUUUGGGGUGGUGAGAGAAGUAAGGAUGUUGGGCAGUUCUGGGCUUCUCAGAAAAGGGACUUUAUGUUUUCCUUACUUGGGGUGAGGGGCUACAGCUUCUCAAACCCUUACGCUCUUCCGUAUUUCAGUAGAAACAGAAAAAGAUACCCCCAAAUAAAACUGGAGUGGUUUUUUCAACCAAAUCUACCCUUUUAGAUUCUUGGUGCCCUUGUUCUCUUACCUUAAUUAUAGAGAAUGGGCAGCUGACUCCGUUAACAUUUCUUUACUAGAAAGAAGGCUAAUUUUCAUAACCAGAAGAGAUGAGAAGGAUCUGUAUCAGUGCCUGAAGCAUGAAAAGAGGAAAGGAGUAAUAGGUAGGUCUCUUCAAUAGGAAAAUUCAGAAAGUGGAAUGAUUCAUCCAUAGGCAAAAUUCCUUUAGGACGUUCUGUGCUCAAAGGGAACGGAAUGGUUUCUGAGCCUUCUGAAAAGGAAUAGCAUUUUUCUUAAACCUAACCCACUUCCAGCGUUGGAGAAUACAGAAGGUUUUCUUCUAGCUGAUGGCACUAAUUUCCUGAGACAGAGAGAAAAGCCACCCACAGCACGUUUCCGAGCCCAGUGGAAAGCAGCCGAGCUCCAGGCUUCUCUAGCAGGUUUGCAAUGGACUCUAAAGUGCAGGCUUCCGUACGUGCAUUCGUGCUGGAAACAGAAGAACCAAACUGAAUGUGCAAUGACUCCUUUUGCAAAAGAGGCCAGAAUCCUCUUCACCGCUCCUUUCCCUUAUUUUCCCUCCUCCAAGAUGCUGAGCCUCCCUCAUGUUGAUCUGUGUCUGUCUGAUUGGUUAAAUAUGGCUGCCCUAAGCUAACGGUGUCAGGUGGAGAGCAGAGCACCCUUCCCGCGGAAGGGGACUACUUGAGGUGCUGGUACAUUUCUCUUGUUUUCUAUGUUCUUCUUUCUAGUAGGUCUCAUGUAGAGAUAGAGAUAUUUUUGUUUUAGAGAUCCCAAAGUAUAUAUUUUUAGUGUAAGAAAUGUACCCUCUCCAUACUCCGUGGUGUAAAUAGAACCAAGAACAAAUGUGUUGUUGUGAUAAUCCCAUAGCGGUCUAUGGUAGGAAUAGGACCCUCUCCCCCACCACCAGGUCUCACGGUGUGUGUCUGUGCACGAGGGGAGGCGAUGGUGACACCUCUGCCUGCCCAGACCUUCCUGUGCUCAAUGGGUGGAAAAUAAAGUCUGUGUAAACUGUUCA